AUGCCCAGUAAAAAGAGCGGUUCAAAGGGAAAGGGCGGCAAAGGAUCCAAAAAUUCCAAAGGCAAGGGAUCUAAAGGCUCUCCAGAACGGCUUGCGGAAAUUGAGAAGACAAUUUUCGGCCGGGAACGAUAUGAUGCAAUGGACUCCAUCUUCAUCAGGAAAUCCAAAAACAUCGUUCUGUUUGCCCCGAAAAUACACAUCUACGAAGUGUGGAACCGGCUGCCGCCGGUGCAGAAACCGAAGCAGGAGGAACCGCCCGGGGGCGGCGGUGGGAAGUCAACGAGCUCACCUAAGGGCUCCAAAAAGUCGCCAAAGAAGGGCAAGUCGCCCAAAAAGAGUAAGUCGCCGAAGAAUUCACCCGGCAAGGGUUCAUCUGCAAAGACUGGAGAGGGUGCACCGGAGGAACCCCAGUCAGAAUACGAGAGAGCUCUCCUUAUUGGUUCUGUUGCCGUACCGAAGACGCUCCUUAAGCCUGGAGACAAAUUGUUUGUCGAGGUGACGGCUGACUUUGUCUACUACGACUACUCCAAAGUUCCACCCUUCCCACCGGCGGUAGUCUCGAAUGUGCGUUGUUACCGCGACUUCUACUACAUCUUCCCCUACAACUUUGACCGUCCAACCCCCUUCACGGUUUUUGCCCAGCACAUGCUGAUAAAGGUGCACGACGAAUAUCCCCACGGAUGGUAUUCUUAUGCUUUCCUCUUCGACCUGACAAGGAAGCCCGAUUCCAUCUUCUUCACCAGACCCUACCAUGUUGAAAAUAUUAGUGGUCUGAAAUGGACACUGAGGGCCUUUGCUGCACGGACGGAGUACUGCAUACCACCACCAGAAAAUGAGGUCUCCAUGACCUUUUACAAGUACACCAUAGCUCCGGUUCUUUUUCCGUCUGUUGAAAGACCCAUUUCCACGGUCGACUACAAUCGUUAUCCCUGUCUGCAAGAUACUGGAAGCCUGGCCAUCACUGCUCAACUUGAUCGCGAUGUCUACUACCAAGGCGACACCGUUAAUAUAACCGUAAGCAUAUCCAACGACUCCUCCCGACACAUUGUCUCCGCCAUUACUGUCUGCAUUGAACAGAACUGCCGCCUAGUCAGCGAAAUCCCUCACACCUACAGCAUCCGUAUAGGUGAAAUCUACAUCGGUCCCGGUGAAUUUGGACUACCCGUGAAUCCCAAAAACAAGGGCUGGUCGAAAGAAUUCAACAUCCGCCCCAUGUAUGACAGGAGCCUGCGCAACCUAGUUGUGGACGGCCGAAUGGUACGAGAUCACAAGAUAUUCCUGGCGGAGAGCACAGUGAUCAUGCGUGCAGAUAUUGUCAAGCUGGAACCUCCACCUGAACCGCCAGCAUCUGGCAGCAAGAGCCCCAAGAAGGGUUCCAAGGGCUCCCCUAAAGGUGCCUCAAAGGGCAAGGGGGGCAGCAAGGGUUCCAAGGGCAAGGGCUCUAAAGGCAAGGGGUCAAAGGGCAAGGGUUCACCGAAGGAGAAGACGCCACCGGUUGUGCCUCCGGAACCGUCGCCCCCACCGCCCAUUCUGGAAAAAGAGGUCAAUGUUCUGGUGGACAAUCAGGUCUGCCGAACGGCAAUCAUUUCCUACGAGGCGGUGGUGCGUUGUACCAUCCGAACUCCGGCUGGUGACGAGGGCGGUGCGCCUUCUGUGCGGGUGCCGUUCCUACUCUCGCGAAACUCCCGCUAUUUUGAUAAGCUCAAUGUUCAGACUCCACCCAUAUUUGCCACGGCUGUCAUGCACUAG